GGGCUCGACACUCACUUUGAAACCAUAGCCCGUAGUUUCUGGGUGGGUUCCUGUUUAACAGGUAUGAUGUCAAGUGUGAUGCUGAUGCUACAGUGACUAAGCCAGCCUCUUUUGGCGCAGACGCUGUCAUCCUAUCUGUGCUUCGAGCUCGGGGUUUCAGAGCAGGGCAUCUCAUAAUCAGGUCACAUUCCACUGAGGAUCCACCAUCCAUCUCUCCCUAAAUCGCGAGACCAGAGAGGGAAGAAGACAAAUAAUUGCUUUGCAAGAGGUGGAGAAAAAAAGACCGAGAUCAGAGAUGAGAGCCCCAGGCUGUUGUCUGGUGCCACUGUUGCUGUUGGCUGUCGCCUUGGCGGAAGGGGACAGCAAAGGGGGUAAAGACGGAGACCAUCCAGGCAAUUUUAUGGAGGACGAGCAAUGGCUGUCUUCCAUUUCUCAAUACAGCGGCAAGAUCAAACACUGGAACCGCUUCCGAGACGAGGUGGAGGAUGACUAUAUCAAGAGCUGGGAAGAUAAUCAGCCAGUUGAUGAAGCUUUGGACACAACCAAGGACCCCUGCCAGAAAGUGAAGUGUAGCCGGCACAAAGUUUGCAUUGCCCAGGGCUACCAGAGGGCUAUGUGUAUUAGCCGCAAAAAGUUAGAGCACAGAAUCAAGCAGCCUGCCCUGAAACACCAUGGAAACAAAGAAAGCUUUUGCAAACCAUGUCACAUGACCCAGCUCGCAUCUGUCUGCGGCUCUGAUGGACACACUUACAGCUCUGUGUGCAAACUGGAGCAGCAAGCCUGCCUGACCAGCAAGCAGCUGGCAGUGAAAUGUGAGGGCCAGUGCCCCUGCCCGACCGAGCAUGGCCCCACUUCAACCACAGAUGUCAAACAAGAGACUUGUACCGGGCAGGACUUAGCCGACCUGGGAGACCGUCUGCGGGACUGGUUCCAGCUCCUACGUGAGAACUCCAAGCAGAACAGUUCUGGAAACCCAGGGGCCAAUCCAGUGAAUGUGCUGGACAAGAGCCUGGUGGCCAGUUGCAAGGAUUCCAUUGGCUGGAUGUUUUCCAAGCUGGACACAAACAAUGACCUUUUCCUGGACCAGACAGAGCUCGCAGCUAUCAACCUAGACAAGUAUGAGAUUUGCAUCCGGCCCUUCUUCAACUCCUGUGACACCUAUAAGGACGGCCACGUCUCCACUGCCGAAUGGUGCUUCUGCUUCUGGAGAGAAAAGCCCCCCUGUCUCGUGGAGCUGGAAAGGAUCCAGAUCCAAGAAGCAGCAAAAAAGAAACCUGGUGUUUUCAUUCCAAGCUGCGAUGAAGAUGGAUACUACAGGAAGAUGCAGUGUGACCAGAGCAGUGGGGAGUGCUGGUGUGUUGACCAGCUUGGCAUGGAGCUGACAGGAACACGGAUACGUGGAAACCCGGACUGUGAUGACAUAGUUGGGUUCUCGGGGGAUUUUGGGAGUGGCGUUGGAUGGGAGGAUGAGGAAGAGAAAGAGACUGAGGAAGCUGGAGAAGAGGCUGAAGAAGAGGAGGGAGAGGCAGACGAUGGAGGCUACAUAUGGUAGAAGCGGAGAAGAGCACAGUUUGGUCGGGAUGCUGGCAGCAAGGCGUGACAGCAGUCAAACUCGAAGGAGAUGAGCAGCUUAAUGAGAUGAUCAGGAAACACAGUUGAAUGUAACUUACUAUAGUAGAAAAAGUGUGUGCGCAUGUAUGUAUGUGUGGAUGCUUGGAGUGCUAUUUACAAUGCCCCAGGGACACCCUGCAUUCUCCCAAUAUAGCUGAAAGCACCACUGUAGCAAAGCAAAAGUAAAAAGCAGUCUGCAGUGUUGGUUCAGUUGGGGUUUUUUGUUCCACUUUUAGGUCUGUACUGAUAAAUAUUUCAGCCCAUGGGCACACCCCCCCUAGUGUGCACAUGCUCACACAUAUCCAUACCCACAUGCAUAUUCACAGCCAUGUUAACCACUGAGUAAAAAUACCCACCAGUAAUUAAUAGCUUGUUAUAGAAAUCUGGCUGCUGAGCUAGCUCACCACUGACUUUAGCAGUUGCACACUGCAAACACCUCGGAAAAUCACAGGAGCGUUUCCCAGUCUGCAUUGUAGCACAUGCACUGCCAUGGUUUGAAUGACAGGCUGUACUAGCAUGCAGUCCUUCACUCGCCUCAAGUUUAGGUGAAGAAUUGUACUGCCACAGUCCAAAUGCAGGGCUGUACCCAGUGUGGGUGAGACGGAAUUGUCCUUGGGCCUGUUUGAGGUUCCUGUUUCUUGGGGGAAAUUAACCUAUAAGGAUAUUGCAUCUUGCUGUUGAAAGCAAUGCUCUAGUGGUAGGUCAAUGACUGUUUAGGCACCUGUGGCUUGCUCAGCUACCUUAAAACCAAAAGGGGUAUUGAAGCUGUUUGCCAAAAAGAUUGGUCAUGAAUUAAUUCUGCAUCUUCUAGUGGCACCGAAAAGGGGAUCAGACACUUAGACUUGCAGACCAUUUUAAUUAUGGAGCAAAGUUUUGAUCAAUGAUUUUAAUAAUCUUUUUGACCUUGCAUGAUGAAAAAACAAACUGCAUUGACAGACUCAUUACAAUAAGAGCCCAAGAAAACCUGCUCUGUACCUGCUUCCUUCCCAUCCAUCCCCUGAUGUCCAGUGCCAGCUUCUAGCAGUCAAUGGUCUUGGAGAAAGCGUACCUUGCAGCUGGUACAGGCGGGACAAACCAUGAACUAACAGGAUCAGAUAAGCACAUGCUGUCCUAUGAAAACCUGAAAGCUUGGCUGGUACCUGACUCAGAUUGGUAGUGCCCAAAAGCCAUUGCUAUAUGAUACCCAUUAAUGGGGCCAGGUGAAAUGUAUUGGUGGUGUCAGGUCCAUUUAUUAGUU